AUGUCUGACGAACCGGAGAAGCGCAUCACGCUCUAUACACAUCUGUCCUCGCCAUACUCCAAACGUGUUGAGCUCGCCCUGGCAGAAGCAGGCGUAGACUACGACAGCCACAUCAUAGACCUCAUCCGCAAACCGGAGUGGUACGUCCGCGAUGUGAAGGACCCAAACGGCAAGAUCCCAGCGCUUUCCUACGGUCCUCCUCCUUCGGCCUCAUCGACCGUCCUCCCACCGCCCGACUCGUUUCACCUAUCCGAAUCGCUCGUCAUUCUACCGUUCCUCGCCGAUCUGUACCCUGCACUCCUUCCUCCGUCUCCUGAAGAUCGUGCACGCGCGCGAUUCUUCAUCGCGAAGGUACAGGAGAGGGUCGUGCCGGCUUGGUUUGGUGCGAUUACGACAGGCGAGGUGGAACUUGAUGUACUGGUCAAUGCGUUGAAGGAAGUGCAGAGACUGUUGCCAGAGGCUACAGUCGAUGGCGAAGAUGAGAGCGCCGGUGCAAGUGGGGUGCAUGAGGAGGGGGAGACGGGCUACGCAGCGGGACGAUGGAGCAUCGCAGACGCAGCCUUCGGACCAUUCCCCUACUUGACCGAAGUCUAUCUCCGGAACGAUGCAGGCGCGUACGCUCCUGGCUUUGGUCCUAGAGUAUGGGCCGAGAUCUUUGAGAGCGAGAGGUUUGCGAGGUUACAGGCGUACUUUGGGAGAGUCAGUGGAAGGAAGAGCUGGAAUGUUAUGUCGGAUGAGAGGUACAUGCUUGUGUUCUUGCCAAAGUUCAUGGCAUACAUGGGGGUUCAGCGCAAAGAUCACUAG